GGCAGGGGUGUGACUUGGCUUCCCAGGCUGGAAGAUUAUCUCACCCAGCCCUAGCUAUAUAACGGGCUGGUGUGGAGGGGCUCCACAGGGCCAGCUCCAGGGGUUCAUCUACAAGAGAGAAAAACAUAGACUCACGGCUGCCAAUAUGAUGGUACUGAGAGUAGAGGAGCUGGUAACAGGCAAAAAGAAUAGCAAUGGGGCCGCAGGGGAAUUCCUUCCUGGGGAGUUCAGAAAUGGAGAAUAUGAAGCUGCUGUUGCUUUGGAGAAGCAAGAGGACCUGAAGACACUUCCGGCCAACAGCGUGAAGCAAGGGGAGGAACAACGGAAAAGCGAGAAACUGCGAGAGGCAGAGCUCAAAAAGAAAAAACUAGAACAAAGAUCAAAGCUUGAAAACUUAGAAGACCUUGAAAUAAUUGUUCAACUGAAGAAAAGGAAAAAAUACAAGAAAACCAAAGUUCCAGUUGUGAAGGAGCCAGAACCUGAAACUAUCACUGAACCUGUGGAUGUGCCGAGGUUUCUGAAAGCUGCGCUGGAGAACAAACUGCCAGUUGUAGAGAAAUUCCUGUCAGACAAGAACAGCCCCGACGUCUGCGAUGAGUAUAAACGGACGGCACUCCACAGAGCCUGCUUAGAAGGACACUUGGCGAUUGUGGAGAAGUUAAUGGAGGCUGGAGCCCAGAUUGAAUUCCGAGAUAUGCUCAAUUUGACAUUAUGGCAGAAUGGAAAAGGAAUAAAAAAAAAUCUAAAGAACUUACUUCUCAGCACAGCGCUGCAUGUGGCGGUGAGGACUGGUCACUACGAGUGCGCUGAGCACCUCAUCGCCUGCGAGGCUGAUCUCAAUGCCAAGGACAGAGAAGGAGACACUCCACUGCAUGAUGCUGUGAGGCUGAACCGAUAUAAGAUGAUUCGACUCUUGAUGACCUUCGGUGCGGACCUCAAGGUCAAGAACUGUGCUGGGAAGACCCCCAUGGAUCUGGUGUUGCACUGGCAGAAUGGAACCAAAGCAAUAUUCGACAGCCUCAAGGAGAAUGCCUACAAAAACUCUCGCAUAGCUACAUUCUGAGGAAGGAGACUCAACGGGAGCUGUUCACAGGCAUUUUUAAAGCAUUUCCCAACAGAAGAGCAACUAGCAAUAAAAAUCCAGCUUUUGUUUGCCAGCCAAAUAGGGAGAGAUGCUUAAAGAAGCUUCAAGAAAGCACUGGGUUGUAGGUGUUAAAAUAUCCUCUAGUGAUGUUCACCACUUUUAUUUAUUCCUACCUAUUUAUUUAUUUCAUAGCACCGGUAUUCAGGCUUUCAUGAGCAUCAUUUUGGGGGGAGCAAGACUUCAUCUGUAUGUAACAUUCAGAGUCUUCCCAUAGCUCUUAAACCGCGUGGGUGAAUGGUGUCUAAUUGCACCCCUUUGUGUUCUCACUUGCAUAAAGCUAUUCAAGGUACUUUUUAAAAGGCAAGGGUUGAUCCCCGCAGCCCUUCUCUGAAUUCUCACUGCUGAUAUCUGAAUGAAGCAACAGAAGGCACGCAGUAAUGCAGACGGGAAUGGAAGUGGUUCUGCAGGACUGGCGCUGAGGCUCGCCACUCUGGCGCUGAGGCUCACCACUCACCCACAGAUUUGGUUCAGUUUGGUUGUUUACCAGAUCACAUGAUGUCGAUGUCCCAAGGUGAAGGCAACGUCAGGAGUGCGCAUGUAGGGAGAUGGAGGGAGUAGGCAAUGGGGCCACGGAAAACUGAGUUCGAUGAAAGAAGAAAUCAAAAGGACACGCACUGUAAAUGUAUAAAUGUAUAUUGUGUUGUAUGUAUAUUUUAUAUUUAUA